AUGAUAAUGAUGAUGAUGAUGUUAAUUAUGAUGAUGAUGAUGAUGAUGUCACCCUGUGCUGCAGGUGUCUAGCCUGUGUCAGCUCCUCCUGGAGCUGUAACUGGUGUCCUCUGGAUCAGCUGUGCACUCACACCUAUAGCUGCCCCAGCAAGAACUUGAUCCAGAACCAGAAGGACGCUCCUGGUCCCAGCUCCUGCCCUCUGGUCUUCUCACUUAGAACUUCUGCUCUAGUGCCAAUGGGCUUUAACACCACUAUUGUGUUGGAGGGUCGGAACCUAGAUGUCUUCAUGGACGAAGCUCCGUAUGUGUGUGUUGUUGAAGUUGAGGACGUGCAGUUUAACCUGACAGCUGCUGUGCAGAAAACAGAGGACGGCACCAACAUCUUCACCUGCAGCUCCCAGCAGUUUCAGUUUGGCCUCAGUCAGCUGCAGUACUCUGCUGCCAUCUACCUGCGCAGAGGACAGAGACGCAUCGACUCAUCGCCUGGACUCAGACUCCAUCUGUAUGACUGCUCAGCCGGCCAAUCAGAUUGCUCGCAGUGCAAGGCAGUGCCUAAGGAAUACGGCUGUGUUUGGUGUCCAGGAAGUCCCGCCCCAAGCUGUGUGUACAGCCAAUCAUGCUCUAGCUCACCCUCAGACACCUGUCCCUCUCCUCAGAUCACACAGGUGUUCCCUGUGUCCGGGCCUUUGGAGGGUGGAAUCCUGGUGACAAUCACAGGGUCCAACCUGGGCACCCGGUAUCAGGACGUGUUGGGCGGAGUUAAGGUGGCAGACGUCCCGUGUUUGGCACAACCCGAAGGAUACCGGAUCUCCACCAGGGUUGUGUGUGAGCUGCAGCGCAGUGGGAAGAAUAGGGUUGGGCCUGUUCAGGUUACCGUGGGAACAACUUCACCCGGCCGGUCGGCGCAGAUGUUCACCUAUCAGGACCCUCAGCUCACCAGUCUGGUUCCAGAUAAAGGUCCAGUUUCUGGAGGAACCAAGCUGACCAUCAAGGGAAGACAGCUGAUGACAGGACAGAAGUCAGACCUGACCGCUUUUCUGGGUCAACAGCCUUGUUACAUUUUGAAUGAGGUGACUGAUUCCCAUUUUGUGUGCAAGACCGGUUCCAGUAAUCAGACUGGUGCAGUUCCAGUUCAGGUUUUCUUCGGUAAGGCUGAUCGGACUGGUCCCGACCUUACCUUCCGUUACCUGGACGACCCGGUCAUUACCAAGGCUACACCUGCAGAGAGCUUCUAUGCAGGGGGGCGUGUCAUUAAGGUGACCGGCAGGAACCUGGACGUGGUGCAGGAACCAGCCAUAUCAGUGUGGGUGGAGCCUCUGGAGGUUCAGAGGGUUAAGCGAAGAAGACGAUUUGCUCUCUUGACCGCCAAGCAGCAACUGGUUUUUAAUGGCACCAUGGCAACGGUGACUGAGCGCUGCUCGGUCCUGUCCUCCUCAGAGAUCACAUGCAGGACGCCGGCAGUGAGCCCAGAGCUCAGAGUGAAAGGGGUCUGGUUUCAGCUGGACAACGUCAGGGUCCACUUCAACAGCAUUGAGGGUAAGACAUUCAGAUAUCUUCCGAACCCUCAACUCUUCCCUCUGAACCGAGAGGCUCCGGAUGCUCCGUACCGCUUCAAACCUGGUGGAGUGAUCGCCGUAGAGGGUCAGGACCUGACCAAAGCUAUGACCAAGGAUGAAGUCCAGGCUCGCCUUGGAGAACAAGGCUGUGAGGUGAAAACUCUGGACAGGACUCACCUGUACUGCGAACCGCCUGAGACUCAGCCUCUGAGCGUGGACGGCAGCAACGAGCUUCCCAGUCUGAAGGUGUUUAUGGGGAACCUGAAGGUGGACCUGGGACUGGUUCAGUACGACAGUGACUCGUUACUAUCCCCCAUCCCAUUGGCAGCUCAAAUCGGUCUUGGCGCUGGAGCUGCUGUCAUCAUUCUGUCGGUGCUGGUUGUCAUUCUUAUGUACAGGAGGAAAAGUAAACAGGCACUCAGAGAUUAUAAGAAAGUUCUGCUGCAGCUGGAAACUCUGGAGAUCAAUGUGGGAGACCAAUGCCGUAAAGAGUUCACAGACCUCAUGACGGAAAUGAUGGACCUUAGCAGUGAUGUGGGAGGACCUGGUCUCCCUCUGCUGGACUACAAGACGUAUGCAGAUAGGAUCUUUUUUCCUGGACAGCAGACGGCGCUGCUGAGCCACCAACUUGACCUGCCGGAGUCCAGAAGACAGACUGUAGAGCAGGGCCUUCAGCAGCUCAACAACCUGCUCAACAACAGACUCUUCCUUACCAGGUUCAUUCACACCCUGGAAGCCCAGCAGGGGUUCUCUCAGAGGGACCGCGGCUACGUGGCCAGUCUGCUCACCAUAGCUCUCCAUGACAAGCUGGAGUACUUCACUGAAGUCAUGAAGACUUUGCUGCAGGACCUGGUGCAGCAGUAUGUGGCCAAAAAUCCCAAACUCAUGCUGCGCCGGACAGAGACAGUUGUUGAGAAGAUGUUGACCAACUGGAUGUCCAUCUGUCUCUAUUCCUUCCUGAAGGAGGUGGCAGGGGAGCCUCUCUACAUGCUCUAUAGAGCCAUAAAGUAUCAGGUGGACAAAGGGCCGGUGGAUGCUGUGACUGGAAAGGCCAAACGGACCCUUAAUGACAGCCACCUACUGCGGGAGGACAUCGAUUACUCUGCCAUGACUCUGAACGUCCUGGUGAAGAACGGAGUUGAGGUCCAGCCAUGUCCUGUUAAAGUACUUGAUACCGACACCAUCACACAGGUAAAAGAUAAAAUCCUGGAUCAGGUCUACAGAGGAGCUCCGUUCUCUCAGCGACCAGCAGCUGACAGUCUGGACCUGGAGUGGCGUUCUGGUCAGGCCGGCCACCUGACUCUUUCUGAUGAUGAUGUCACAGCAGUCGUUCAUGGUCGCUGGAAACGGCUCAACACGUUGCAGCACUACAAGGUUCCGGAUGGAGCCACAGUCGCUCUGAUCCCUCGAUUUCACAGUUCAGGAAUCAACCAGGUGUUUCAGACCGGAGAAAAGGCACCAAUGCUGGAGGGCGAGGAAGAGGAGGGUCUGCGUCUGUGGCACCUGGUCAAGAGCAGCGAAGAUCCAGAAAUGCCAAAACACCGGAAGAGCAGCAUGAGGGAACGGGAGAGAGCCAAGGCCAUUCCUGAGAUCUAUCUGACCAGACUGCUGUCCAUGAAGGGGACACUGCAGAAGUUUGUGGACGACGUCUUCGUGGCCAUCCUAAGCACUAAGCGUCCUCCACCCAUUGCUGUCAGGUUUUUCUUUGAUUUUCUUGACGACAUGGCUGAGAAGCAUGCAAUAGACGAUCCAGAGACUGUCCACAUCUGGAAGACAAACAGUCUCCCUCUAAGGUUUUGGGUCAACAUUCUGAAGAACCCACAGUUUGUUCUGGAUGUCCAAGUAACUGACAGCAUCGACGCCGUGCUCUCUGUGAUCGCUCAGACCUUCAUCGACUCAUGCACCACCUCGGAACAUAAAGUGGGACGGGACUCCCCAGUCAACAAGCUGCUCUAUGCCAGAGAAAUACCUCGGUACAAACAACUGGUGGAGAGGUACUACAGUGAUAUCCACAGCGCCGCAUCAGGAUGCUAUCAGGAGAUGAACUCUACUCUCACUGAACUUUCUGGGAGCUUUGCCUCAGAGAUGAACAGCCUUGUUGCUCUUCAUGAACUUUACAAAUACAUCAACAAAUACUAUGACCAGAUCAUCAUGUCCCUGGAGGAAGACACCUCUGGUCAGAAGAUGCAGUUGGCCUAUCGGCUGCAGCAGGUCGCCGCUCUGGUGGAGAAUAAAGUCACCGACCUCUGACCUGUGAGUGCUGAUGAAGAGGAUGAGGAGACGGGGGGGCCAAAGCAGUGAAGCUGAUUGGACACCCCUGUCUGUCUGUGUGUGAGGGACAUCCAGUCUUUUUAUAAUGGGUCUUCCGGUUCCCCCGCACGGCAGCAGCUGCCAACUGACAUCCGACUAACGACAAUCCAACCAACCAGAUCAGGGAACAUCGUUGUCACCUUCUGCCUUGCACUACGAUUCCCAGAGUUCUCUGCUGUCUGAGU